UCAGUGUAGUAAUUUGUGGCCUCAAUAUAGGAGUUCCUGGCUGCGGUAUAGUAAUUUGUGGCCUCAAAUUAGUAGUUUGUUGCUUCAGUGUAGUAGUUUGUGGCCUCAAUGUAAUACAUUUUAAUCUCAUUGUAUUAUUUUGUGACCUCAGUAUAGUAAUUUGUGACCACGCAUUAUUAAAAAUAAAUGCCAUGUGACCUCUUAGGGCCUCCGUACUUUGGCUUCAUCAUGCACUGUUUAUGUGUAGGUGGGAGCCAUGACUGUGCAGCAGGUUUCAGCAGGACAUGAAGUAUCUGAAGAUCCGCUGGCUCUGCCUCCUCAUCUUCACCCUCUUUCUGGUGCUGUGGUACAGUCAUGUAACCAGAACAGGAGACGGUGUUGUUGACCUGGGCCUCCGUGGCUAUGAGAGGAUUCCAUCGUCUGAAACAUCUGAUUUUCGCUACCUGGCGCUCCACUGUGGCCGCUGUGCCGUGGUGUCCAGUUCGGGCCACAUGCGCGGCAGUGGGCGGGGCAUCGAGAUCGAUGGACACGACUGCGUGAUCCGUAUGAACGCGGCACCCACGUGGGGCUUCCAGGGUGACGUGGGGAACCGGACGAGCGUCCGCGUCGUCUCGCACACCAGCGUUCCCCACCUGCUGCGGCACGAGGACGUGUUCUUCAGGCACGAGGCGGACACCCUGUACGUGGUGUGGGGUCCUGAGAGGAACAUGAGGCAGGAUGGAAAGGGCCGGGUGUUUAACACACUGGUCAAACUGACCAGGAAAUACCCACACGCUCACAUCUACACGGUCAGCAGGGAGAAGGUGCUGUACUGCGACCGCGUGUUCCAGGACGAGACGGGCAAGAACAGAAUGAAGUCAGGUGCAUUUCUCAGUACUGGGUUUUUCACCAUGAUUUUGGCGAUGGAGGUGUGUGACAGCAUUGAUGUUUAUGGGAUGAUGGAUGGUUCUUAUUGCAGUGUUGCCAACCACACCUCGGUGCCAUAUCACUAUUACGAGAACUACCGUCUGGACGAGUGCGGGAUGUACAGGGUGCACGAACGAGCCAAGAGAGGCGGCCAUCGCUUCGUUACGGAGAAGAGCAUCUACAAACGCUGGGCCUCGCAGGGAAAACUGCGCUUUCCAUACCCCACCUGGUCGCCUCUUCAACAAGCCUGACGUAUCCCGCCGGACGCCAGCCGGUCAGCGCCUCUGACCCUCUGACUCUCGCCUCUUUGCUUGAUUCAGGUGAACUGGAGCAAAGCUCAAUGUCAAUGUAUUCCGACGCUAACUUUAUCUACUGGGAAUUGGACUGGAAUUCUGUUGCUUCGUUAAGCUGUCCACUCGCUCAUGACUACAUACAGGCCAUGUCUGGUGCUCAGCUGUGACUGCCUUUUUUUUUUUUUUUUUUUUUGGUUUUGGCACAUUUUUAUAUGUUUUAUUUUAUUUUGCAUAUAUUUAUUUCCUCUAAAAAGCCUUGCGUAGUCCAGUGCUGCGUCUGUUGGAUUUUCUGCCAUAGUAUUGUUAAUUUUCAUGUUUUUUUUUUUUUUUUUGUUGAAUGUAUUGGGGACAUGCCAAGUCCUGCUGCCUUUGUCUGACAUACUAACCUGUGUCCUCCAAGGUCAAAAGGUCAGAAAGUAGUUUAGCAGUGGCCGGCCUAUGGAAAAAGAGGCUUUGAGAGAUGGCGUGAGGUCACGUGAUGUCACGUGAGGUUGCGAUUCACAAUCCCAUGUUACUGGGGUUACACUGUGGUAGGCUGUUUGAGGUUACAUUCAUUUCUAUGAUGUUACACGUGUGAGGUUAGAUUAGACCACGGGAGAAUACGAGGUGCCAUACGAGAUGACUACGUGAGCUCUCACGAGGCUGCGUCAUGUUACGUGAGCCCUUGUGAAGCUUCACAAGGUUACAUAGUGUUGGAAGUUUGUGAGGUCGCGUCGAGGGUAAGUGGGGUUAAUUGAGGCUACAUGAAGCGAUGCGAGAUUAUGAAAGGCCACACAAGAUUGCCCCAUUCACUGCCCAUUUGAAGGACACUGCCAUUGUCCUGUUGAAGCAUGUUAUCCGUCUCUAUUGAAUCUUACAGGUAUGAUUACGUCAAUGGAUACGUCAAUGAGUUUUGUUGCACAGGCCUAUAUUCUUUUGACCACUAGAGGCCUCUAGUGUGCACACAAAGCCUUAAGAAAUGAACUGUUUUUAACACAGCGGGCUAUAAAGUUUCAAGGCUCAUGAUACUUCAUAUCUCCAUCACAGUCAGCACAUCUGUCGCUGAGAAUACACUGAUAAUCUGCACUUUUUUUGGGAUUUAGACCAGUUCCCUCCUGAUGAUUGGGAGAACCAUUACACAGUUGGAAGCCACUGGGAGACCUCGGAUAAAGGUACCCCUCUUUAACUGUAUCACUACGCACUGAACUGGUGAAUCUGAACACUAAGCAACAUUAUGGUUAAAAUAACAUGUUAGAUGUUCCCAGGUGUAGCACUUAGCCUGAGAAUAACAUGCUAAAAUAUUUUAUAUGAAGACAACUGAUGAGAAUUAAGAGGCAAUUUAGAAAAAACAAAAGCGAAAGUAAUUCUGGGGAUUAUUUAAGACGGUGAAAAUUAAAAUCUAAAAUAAUAUGAAAUAUUCAUUCUGAGAAUUUUUAGUGCCUUAAAUUCAAUGGCUCCUCUUCCGCUGCAUGGUACCGACUCGACUCUUUUUGGUUUUCCAUUAGGCAAAUUUGGUACCUGGUACCGGGUACUAUUUUUGGGAUCACCUCUGUCGAGGUUCCAAGUGAGCUAAGCUGAUACGAAAAGGCGACAUAAAAACGCUACAGGCUGCUGACUGCUUGGGGAGGAUCGCUAAACACAUACGCUAACGCUAGCUACCAGGUUAGCAUAGCUUGUUGUGUCGCCUUCAAGCAACCAUUUACAUUUACAGCAUUUAGCAGAUGCUCUUAUCCAGAUCUUAUCCACUUACAAGAAGCGCUUUGUCUGUCUAGAGAAAGUAUCUUUGCUAGUUGCCAAUAGGUUGGAGAGCAAGCCGGUCCUGAGCUCAGGGAUUGUUAGAAACAAGUCACUGUUGAUACCGAGAGAAAAGGAGCAGAGUUGACCACAGAACUCUGCGCCAUACAAUAAAAUACCACACAGUACAUGAGUGCAGUACAAUACAUUACACUCAAUACUUAAUUCAGUGCUCAUUUAAGUGCUGUGUAAAGAGACGGUCUUCAGUCUGCGUUUGAAGACCGCGAGAGACUCCGCUGUUUGGACAGCCAGUGGGAGUUCGUUCCCCCACCUGGGUGCCAGUACGGAGAACAGUCUCGAUGCUUGUCUUCCCCGCGCCUUGAAGGAUGGCGGGUCAAGCCGAGCUGUACUCAAAGGGCUCGUGGUCCAGUUCGAGAACCGGAAUCGACCAGAAUCGUCUCAUCAUCUGAAUUCUGUUGAAUUCCAAUCUCUCCUUUUUGUCAGCCGUCUUUUGUCUUGCUGCCAUCGGUCUCUUCUGUAACAAAAUUUGCCUCCUUCAAGUUGCAGCAGGUUCAUGUGGCGUCGCUAUGUCUAGCUACGCUGAGGUGGUUCUGUAUCUGCAGCGGAAGACGAUGUAGCUGGUACCAAAAGCGAGUCGACUCAAGUCAAGCCCCGCCACACAAUAUUAAUAUCGAUGAAUUGAGGCUACGUGCAGUUAUGUAAGGUUACAUGAUGUUAGAUUAGCUUAGAUCGUAAGUCUGCAUGAGGCUCAUGCGAGUUUACAUGUUACGGUCUAUGUCACUUAAGUAAGUCUGAAGUCUUGAGAUCCUUCAAAAACCUAAUUUUGGCUUUUGUGCUCCAUUUAGCAUGAUGCUAAUUUUCAAGUUUCAAGCUGUAAGCUAAGCUCGCUUCAUUUGCUAGCGGUGAACACCGUUGGCUUCAUUCUGAGUUUCUUUUGAGGGAAAACAGCUGCCGAUGUGAGAAACUUGGAUGGAAGCUCUCUGACUGGCCUUUGCUAACGUGUGUGAAUGUAAGACGAUAGUAAAAUGACCCAGUUCAAUUUGAAAAGAUUCGCUAAUCGCGUUAGCGUCCGAAGCCUUGACCUGCGUGCAGUUGACGUGGUCAUUUUCCGUGCGAUCUUACCUGCCUGCCAGUGAUGAGCUCUCGCGCUUCUUCUGUUGCCUCUUGUUUUUUUUGUUUUUUUUUAUCAAAUCCAAAGGACUUACUUCAGAUUAGCACUUAGCAUUUCCCUUACUAAAAGGGAAUUCCACUGAUUUUUUUUUUUUUUUUUCUGCAUAAUUUAGUGGUUGAGAUAUUAGCCAUGUAAAGUAGUUGAACAUGAAAUGGUUUGUUAUAGAGAAAUUGACCAACUAGAUUAGCAUAACAAUGACUUAGCAACACUUUUGCAGCCACCUGGAAUGGUAUAGCAACGGCCUAGCAACACAUUAGGUACCACCUGGACUGGCAUAGCAACGCCUUAGCAAACACCUGCGAUACCAUAGCUAUGGCCUAGCAACAACUUAGCAACCACUCAAGAUAACUGAGCAACAUCCUAGCAACACCUUAGCAACUACCUGGGAUAUUACAUCAAUGGCCUAGCAACACCUUAGCAUACCCGCCUAGGAUACUAUAGUAAUUAAAAUUUUUAACAUCUUAGCAACCACCUGGGAUACCAUAGCAACUGCCUAGCAACACCUUGGCAACCACCUAGGAGACUAUAGUAAUUGAAAUUUUUAACAUCUUAGCAACCACUUGGGAUAUUAUAUCAAUGCCCUAGCAACACCUUAGCAACCACCUAGAAUACUAUAGUGUAUUGAAUUAUUAACACCUUAGCAACCGCCUGGGAUACCAGUUCCCGCUCUUUUUUUGAACUUUCUGAACAAUCAGUGAAAUUCCCUUUUAACUAAGUUUGCUUAAAGUACUGAUUUUCAUGUUAAUCGUAUGCAUAUCGAAUCUGUGUUGUGUUAAAAUCCACAGAACAGUUAAUUGCUGUUAUCAAUGCACUGUGUAUUUUAACUGUUUAAGCCCUUUACAGUAUAAUCACUGGUACAGAAUGUCAGCUAAGCUGUGGUGCUCUCGACUUUGUGUGUGUAUUUAAUUUUGUUUCUGACUUUGUUCAAGAGGCUUUGUAACAACUACUGUUUAAUACGCUUGUAUUUUCUUUUUAGUGAUGCUUUGGGUGCAGCCACUGUUCACGUAUGUUUAAAGGGAUACUCUACCAGUUUUCAGCCUAAUGUCUCUCUGCCUUGUCUGUAUCAUAUGGUGCUACUCUUCCUAUAGCUUUCAAUCUAGAGCCACAGAACUUUGCAGGAUGGUAGAACCUAUACCCAAAUACGUUGCUUAUGCUUUUUUUUUAACCGAUCCAACUUGCAGUGUUUGUUCAAACAUGACUUUCGUUCUGUAGGAAUGAAAGGGGGAGUGGUCAAAAUCCUGAAACCUGCCAUUCCACUUAUAUAUUAUAUCAUACUUCUUCCUGUUAUUCCAGCAGAGCCUUUAAUAUUCUUUAGACAUUGCUUUUGGACACCAUCACACUAGCAACACCUGAGGAACCAGCUGGAAUACCAAAGCUAUGGCCUAGCAACACUUUAGUAAUGGCUUGGCAAUACCCGAUCAAUUAUCUGGGAUACUAUAGCGAUGGCCUAGGAACAUCUAAGCAACCUUUUGGAGUACUAUAGCAACACCUUGGGAACUUGGGCCUUGCAAAACCUUAGCAACCACCUGGGAUAACUUAUCAACACCAUUGCAGCAGUGCCAUAGCAUUUAUAGAAUUCUACUGCUUAAAUAACCAAACAAUGAAAAUAAUCUCUUUAAAAUAGCCCAUAAAUAUACCUUUAACUGUAUUUACUACAUAACCUUCAUUAUUAAUCUUUACAUUUUAAAGACUUAUCAGCUGGUUUUGUCAAGCCAACUUGGAUUGUUCCCAGAUUUUCUCCUCUAUUUCUCUAUGGUAUUGAAAGGAAUCGCAUGGAUGUGGCAGAUCAUCAUUAAGUUGGAAACUGCUGGAUUAUUCUUUUAAUAUUGAUAAUUGAAACUUAAUAGCGCUUUGAGAUUUGCAUGUUUUUACCAAACCUGUAUGAGUUAUUGUGCUUUAAGUCGGGGAGAGCGCGGCACAACGUAACACAUCUUGUUUUUUUGGUUUUUUUGCUAAAAAAAAUGAUGGAAAACCUCAUUUUCCUUGCUCUUUUGAUUUUGAUGUGGCAUGUAAACAUCGUAUCAAAGCGUACUGUUUACACCCCAGUCCGCAUGUGGGACAGUAGGCCACAAAAACCGGCCUGUCCUGAGGUCACAAAAACCUUUGCAUUGGCAUAUACAGCAAUCCAGCCCCACCCAUUCACAAUGAAGUUAUAAGGAAAGUUACAGCUAUGAGUGUUGAAAGAUGCACGAUAUAGGGCAGCCAAUCAGAGCAGAGCAGUUUACAUAUGUCAGCCUUAAAGGUAAAAGAAACAGCCUAAUUCUAAGGGUUAAAGCGAGCUUGGAAAGUGGUCACGUAAAGAUGAAAAACGAGUGGUUUCGGUUCAUAAACCCACAAAGCUGUCAUCAGUGAACCUCGGGUAAGUGGGCUUGUUCAAUACUAAUUCAGGAGUUAUAUGUUGUGUGAACCACAUGAGCUUUCCAAGCUGUGUGUGUGUGUGUGUGUGUGUGUUCAUUUUGACCCAUGUUAGUUCAUGCCCUGUGCUCCCCUUAUUCUCGUUAUUUACCUAAAGAGGCUAAGGUUGCUAAAGCUCAUGAGCUGUUUUAGUGCCUAAAUUGUGUUGUUUUUAAGUGCUUUUAGUAUUUUAUGAGCACGCUUGUCCCCAAAAGAAUCUCCUUUUGUGAAUAUUUUUCGGAACUGUUCACAGCUAAAUGGAUGCAUGCACACUUUCUGCUUUCAGUGUUUUGCGUGUUGUGAUCUCAAUGUUUGGUGUCAGUCAGCUAACCUGAUACAGCCUUCUCCAAUCUCAUGCAUAGUCAUAAUACAUUAGGAUGCCAUUUCAUAACGAGAAGGCUGCUGUGCAGUAGUUCCUGUGACUGUGUCAUCUCCAGCUGCUCUGUUUUUGAUGUACAUGUCUAAACUGAUAUUUUCAAGCAGUAAACUGAGUGAACUCUGAAGCAUGUUGUGUGUUUUGUACUGUUUAUAAAGUAUAUAUUAUAUAG